AUGAAAUUGACUUUGCUUUCUUCUUCCUUGGCACUCUUCCUCUGCCAAACACAAGCCUUUGCCCCUGUUUCUCCCAGCAUUCGACCAAGAACCUCUGUCUUGGCGGUCACUGAAGGCGAAACGGAUACGUACUUCCGUGCCAUCAAAUGUGCCGAAGGAUCAUCUUCGACUCUAGAAGAGCUUGAGAAACUAGCGACUGACUUGGAAAAUGUGUUGGGCUCCCAAUACGAAGAAGGAAUCGAAAACUGUGAGCGAGAGGUUCGAGAUCGCAUGGAUGUCGCACACAUGCUUCGAUUGCGCAUUGAAUUGCAACUGAGAAUGGACUACCUGAAGGGAGAGAACCUGUUUGCAUCAGAUGUUCAGAAAAGUCACGACCGUGACGAGCGUCGCCGAUUCAAAGAGCUGCUUGAAGCGAACCGAGACAAGGUUGUGGAUGGAGCUGAUCUUGGACUUUGGUAA